GGGGCGCGAUGACGGCGGGUGAGUGUGUGGCAGCUCGCGUCUGGGCCGCCGAGCCCUCGGGUCACAUUGGCGGCACCUGGGGCGCCUGGCUGGAACCCGGAAACCUGGCGGGAGUCGGGCGCAUCCUCCUGGUCCUCUCCGGGAAGGGAGGGGUGGGGAAGAGCACCGUGUCCGCCGAGCUGGCCCUGGCCCUGCGCCACGCGGGCAAGAAGGUGGGCAUCCUGGACGCGGACCUGUGCGGCCCCAGCAUCCCCCGCAUGCUGCGGGCCCAGGGCCGGGCUGUGCACCAGUGUGACGGCGGCUGGGUGCCCGUCUUCGUGGACCCGGAGAAGAGCAUCGCCCUCAUGUCCGUGGGCUUCUUGCUGGAGAAGCCGGACGAGGCUGUGGUGUGGAGGGGCCCCAAGAAGAGCGCGCUGAUAAAGCAGUUCGUGCGUGAUGUGGCCUGGGGGCCGCUGGACUACCUGGUCGUGGACACGCCCCCGGGGACCUCGGAUGAGCACAUGGCCACCGUGGAGGCCCUGCGGCCCUACAGCUGCCUGGGGGCGCUUGUGGUCACCACACCCCAGGCGGUGGCCGUGGGGGACGUGCGGCGCGAGCUGACCUUCUGCAGGAAGGCGGGGCUGCAGGUGAUCGGGGUCGUGGAGAACAUGAGCGGCUUCGUCUGUCCGCACUGCACGGAGUGCACCAACGUCUUUUCUACGGGUGGCGGUGAGGAGCUGGCCAGACAUGCGGGAGUCCCCUUCCUGGGCUCAGUGCCCCUGGACCCCACGCUUGCAAGGAGCUUGGAAGAGGGGGGAGAUUUCAUCCAAGAUUUCCCCAAGAGCCCUGCCUUCCCCGCACUCUCUGCCAUCGCCCAGAAGAUUUUGGAGCAAACUGCUACCACGCUAUCCUGACCAGGGCUGAUGAGGGUCCUAGACUUUGGGGACCCACCUGAGGACGUGGCUGGUGCCCGAGGCCUACUGUGCACAUGUGGCAACUGAGCCUGUGGUGCCCACACAGCAGACUCCUCUGCCUGUGGCCCGUUCCUGACAGCUGGGCGUCUGAGGAGCUGCGUCCCCUACGGCCAGAGGCCUGAGCGGGAGGAGGUGGUGGGCUGCCCUGAGGCUCUAGUCACUGCACAGCCCUCAAUUAAAUGCGUCUGCUCCGCCACA